GUAGAUUAUGAGGAAGCGUUGGGUGUAGUGUUACAUCUGUAGGACUAUAAAUACUGAGAUAACUUCAGUUCUUCUCUCAGUAGUAGUGGAAGAAAUAUGGCGGCGGGUCAGGCCACCCCAAAAUCAUCCACUAUCGUGCCAAUUCUGCAUCUUGUUUUCACAAUCCUGUCUAUCGUGGUUCUCUCGUACAAAGUUUAUCACCUUGAGAGUGAAUUGUCGUAUAUUCGAAAUGAAUUAUCUACUCACGACAGAAGUGAUGGCUUGACUAAAACGCCUCCACUUUCUACAAGUGCGUCCAUUAGCUGGCAUUCCCGCAGUGAAAGCAGAAGUCAUCGAAACCGUCGACGUGACCACCGAGACGGUUCCGAGGAUAGGCAUAGGGACACUGGCAUGAGAGGUCCGCCCGGCCCACCUGGUGUACAAGGGCCCCCUGGAAAUCGUGGUGAACCCGGGCCACCUGGGAAAAUGGGUCCUCGAGGGCCUCCAGGAAAGAGUGCCAGCGUCAACGUGACAACUAUCGAGAAGAUCGCAAAUCGGUUAGAGGCCCACACUCAAAGAGAAAUGGCCAAAUUUGCUCCUCCUCGUUUCACUUCCAAGAUUCCACCAUCCAUCACCAUCAGAGAGGGCGCCAAGCUGUCACUUAGUAUCUCUGCAACUGGAAAACCAGCUCCGAAAAUCACGUGGUCCUUACAAGGUGGAAACCAUGGCAACCAAAGCCGAUUUAAGCUUACAGAUGAAACGUUUGAGAUACUGGAAGUCCGCUUUGAGGAUCAGGGUAUGAUCACGUGUCAGGCGGAAAACGUGUUUGGUACUCGAGUGGCUCAGGUGGAACUUAUUGUAUUUGGACCACCAAGAUUCCCCAUCACACCACCAGGACAGGUUACUGGCUUUUUGAAAAAAGCCACAAUAUUACAGUGUGGCGUGGUUGGUCACCCUACCCCUGACGUCAAAUGGAUCAGGUCUCCCCCGUCACCAUUCCCCCAGGGACGCAGUGCAGUGAUAAAUGGCAGUCUUUAUAUUAACCACACUGAGGACGGCGAUGGAGGAGUUUACAUCUGUACUGCGACGAACAAACAUGGAAUGAUCAUUCAUGGAACUUUUCUGAAAGUAGAAUCUGUUGUACUUCCCGUCUUCUCGUCAACACCAUCGUCUUCUGUCUCUGUGCCAAGUAUUCGAGAAUCUCUACGAGUCAGGUGUUCUGCCAAAGGAUCGCCUCUACCCACCGUCACGUGGUACAAGAAUGACAUUAGCGUGCCCGUCAUUAACAACGUCACGGAUGACGAAUUUACCAGCGAGCUUGUGAUUGGUGAAUUUCAGCUCGCAGACCAGGCCACUUACAAAUGCGUUGCUCGUAACGUUUACAACAACACAGUGGAGACAAGUACAAGAAUAUUUCUGCCUAACUGUGGCCAUCCAGGUAGCCCAGAGAACGCGGUGCUUGUCCACAGCACCUACUGGGCAGGAGAGUACGUCAGAUACCUCUGCAAUCCGGGGUAUACUAUGUUUGGUCCCGCAGUCAGAAGAUGCUUGCCCAGCGGUAACUGGAGCGGAAAUGCAGUACAGUGUACCGAUAAACCGGAAUGCGUCCGUCACAUGAGGUUAGAUGACUAUUCACGACGAGUGGGCUCUAAAUGGGAUAACGACAAAUGCGACUAUGGCCUCGCUGAGGGUUGGUACAGGUUUGUAGAGGGAAAACACUUGAGCGACCAGUGUGCUAAGUACCACUCCUGCAACACAGAUAACCCUGGCUGGUUAGUGGGUGGACAUCCUUCAGUUUCGGCGGGGAGGGUCACAAGAAAAGUGUGCUUCGGCAGGAAAUCAUCAUCCUCGUGUCCUUGCCCUUAUCAUACCUAUAUAACGGUACGCAACUGUGGCUCGUUCUAUGUCUACAAACUGAAACCGACUCCGGGUUGUUCUCUUCGUUAUUGUACCAACUAAGUCAGUGUAUAAUGUAGCCUUUAGCUUCACUUGAUCCUCAGACUGUAGUGAAGCUGAUGUUGAUGUAGGUCAUAAAGCAAGUGAUAACUUUAUGGACUAUUGAACACAAGUUAUAUCUGACGAACAAAUAAACGUUUACACGAUGUGUGCAGCGACUGUUACAACGCUAAUUAAAUGGCCAAAUUGAGAAAAGAAUGAUUCUGUAGCGUAGUGCGAGAUAAAAUAAAAUGAUGUUUGCAAUUGUGGAACAGCUAGCGCAGUUGCAAAGGACGAUGAAAUAAGAAAUAAAAUACUGAUCCUUCAACGGGAUUCCAA